GAACAAGUGUUCGGGCCAGCGUGAGAACGAGCUGGCUCAGUUCCGCUUACGAGGUCGUUCAGAUCUCGUCAUUCGCUCUCCAGUCGGUUUUAGGGUCUCUGUCUCAGGGAAGUGUGUGGUAAUAUGGGUAAAUAAUCAUCAAUUUAAGCAGAGAUUGGAUGCUUAUUCAAUGGUUGUAGUCAGUGGAAGGAGGUGAUUUAUUUUCUUCUUCAUUCGCGACGCAUCCCGAAGAAGAGAGUGAAAUAUUAAAGGAUUGCAAGCAACGGGGACCGGGCGAACUUUGUGAACAAUACCACGGGUGUGUACUUGUGACCGCCAAAGAACCUCGUGUUUCUCGGAGCCUAAGCUUGUAAAUGACCCGACAACUCUCUGACUUUUUCUGUUGUUACCGAUAAUCUUGUGGAUCAGGCGUUCUUCACGAAGAGCCGCUGCUUGGGUUGACAAUCACGCUCAUAGUCACGCAACCGUUCUCCGAGAGCUUAAGGACGCUCUGUCAUCCCGAGGUUACAAUAGACCGGGCGGAGGAUUUUCAUUUUGUGCGGAGUGACCAGGUUGAGUGUGACUGUCGUGGAAAACUUGUCUGCUGCAGCUGUGAGAAAAAUGUGUUAGUGUUUUUACCAAGGGGAUAUAUAAAUAAAUUACUUUUGAGAAAAGGUAACCCAUACAUAUAUUCAUAAAGAAAAACUAUAUAUUCCGACACGGAACACAAUGCUUCGUGAAUCUUCGGUAACGUACGCGAGCCUGCCGCAGGAGGAGGGCUCGCCGCAGGCCGAAUUCGUCACCACCCGGAGCAUCGACAGUCCUCACACUCGCCGCGAUUGCCACCUGGCCGCCAUCAUCACAACCUUCGUUAUCGUUAUCGGUGUCUCCCUCGCCGUCAUCCUCCCCCUCACCCUCAGGAGCACGCAGAACGCCAACGGGCGAGAUGACGAGAGCGCGGAUUUGCUUUGGAGCCACAUCAGCCAGAUGGGCCAGCAGCUUGUCGAUAAGGAACGCAUCCCUGACGAAGGCACAGGGGCCGACGACGCAGACAGCGCUUUCGGGAACCUCACGGACGACCAAGAUCUAGGCGACCUUCCCGACCAACCCAAACUCACGACGACGGAAGCCAUCUUGCCUGUAAAUGCAGACUCGCUAGACCAUAGAGAAGACGAGGCCGACAAUCCAAAGCCUGUUUCGACUACUCCUGCGCCCGCACUCACCGUCCACGAUGGCCAGUACUUCUCCAACGGCGAAGGUGAGGCAGAUGGGGGAGGAGGAGAAGUGGAGGACGGAGCGGCUGCCGAAGUGGACAAGGAAACUGUAGAAGGAGGGGGAGAACCCAGCAGUAACUUCAGCGACAUAGAUACAGGGUCCGAAGGAGAAGCACCGUCAGGUAGCAACGAUGAGGAAUACGCAGCAGCCGGGGCAGAAGGAGGAGAGAGUGGCCAGGACGCAGCACCAGUGACCACCGCGCCUCCUGCAGUUACCUAUAAACCCACGCCAACUCAUGUCAACGCAGGAGUGCAGAAAACUACCGUGCAUCAGGCGGCAGUGACCCCCCCCGCGCCCGCCGCCACGCUCGGCCGAGACGAACUCCUCGACCAGGUCUUCGGGGUCAAGCCUGGCACGGUCGCCGCCUCCGGCUGGAUGAACGACGUCCUCAGCGCACAGGACGAGGUGACGGUGACGAUCCUGGCGGUGGUCGUGGCGAUAGCAAUGGCUGCCGUGGUCGCAGCCACUGUCUGCCUCGUGUAUUCAAGGGUCAAAGCUCGGAGGCGGAGGAUCAGAAUCCACAACGUGAUCACCGACCUGCAGUCACGAGACAAAAUCGUUCUCAUGAAUUCGGACGAGUCAGAGGAAGAAUGAACACGGGAGAACAAAAGAGUGGCCAAGGAAGGAGGAAUUGGCGAGGAAGGGGAAAGGAAAGGGCGCGAGGAACUUAAAGGAGAAAGACCCAGAAGGACUAAGAGUGACGCGGGAAAGAUAAUUCUGGGGGCAAGGAACGGUGGAGAAAUGGAAAGGACAGUUAGCAACGAGAAAGAAGAACGAAAAAAGAAGAAGAAAUAUGUGCGAUUGUCAUUUUUCGCCAGGAAUGUUUAUAUCCAGAAAAGCGAAAGUUUCAGAAUAAUGAAAAAAAGCGUUAUGCAUUGAAAUUCUCUCCAGCUGACAAAUUACUAAAAAGAUAUCCGGACAGAGAAAUAACGAGAAAAAGUUGAACAAGAACGGACGAUUGAUGAACAAGAGGACAUAAGCCACUCGAAAUUAAGAGACAAACUCUAUCUGCCGAGCUACUAAUCGCGCGAGAACAGUGCCAUUUGCAUCCUCACAUUCAUAUAACUCAACUCUUGCAUAAUAAUGACAAGACACUGCUGGCUUGAUACGAGGAGUAUGUACAAUGCCAGGCAGAACACGAGUCCGCUAGGCCGGAUGGUUAACGUUGUUAAAGCUACAAUAUAUUUUGUAAAGAAUUGUUAUUUUGAUUAAUAAUGGAUUGUCUUUUGUUGGUUACCAGCAUUGGAAGUAUAUAACCUUUUAAAUGACAAAUAUAUAUUAAGUGUUUUACAUGAGACACAAAAUAAUAUCACAUAAAAGCUGAUUUUUUAUAACAAUAUUUAGAUAUUUAGUGUUAUAUAUAUUUCGGAUCAAUAUAUAUGUAUGCUGUAUAUAUGUGACUUUUAAUAGUCCCUCGUUACAUGACGAAAAUUGUACCGUGUUGAUAAAAUGCCAUAAAAGUUUUGAAAUCCUCCUUUUUAUGACUUGAAGGUGAGCUGUUGUCUCAUCUUUCAAGAAUUAUACUUUGUAUAUAGUUGUUUUCUGUGCUAUUGCCCCUCGUUAUGUUUAAAAUAUAUUUUGUAAAUUAACUGUCAAAUCAUCUUAUAUGAGAAUAAUCCAUUAUAAUAAUAGUGUAGCCUUAUUAAUACUUUUAAUGAAAAGGAGUUUUACUGUAAUGCACACACACACACACACACACACACACACACACACACACACACACACACACACACACACACACACACACACACUCACACUCACACACACACACACACACACACACACACACACA